GCAGGAAGUUCUAGCACUGGGCUGUUUGUAUAAAAUGUGAUGCUGACAUGGGGACCUCAUGUCCUUUCAUCCUGUCAAGCCUGCAGUCUCUUAAUCCUUUGCAGCUGCUGACUUUGCAGUUUAGACUUGGUUGGAAGAAGAACAAGGCAAAUGACUUUUAUUUUCCUGGAUGGCUUUGAGAGCAUUCACUGAGAGAUGCCACUCUCCUAUUUCUCAAAGAAACAGACUUACAGUUUGGGUGUAAAAGUUCCUCGUAAUUUUCGACUGUUGGAAGAACUUGAAGAAGGUCAGAAAGGAGUUGGAGAUGGGACAGUUAGCUGGGGUCUUGAAGAUGAUGAAGAUAUGACACUUACAAGAUGGACAGGCAUGAUUAUUGGGCCUCCAAGAACAAUUUAUGAAAACAGAAUAUACAGCCUUAAAAUAGAAUGUGGGCCUAAAUAUCCAGAAGCACCUCCAUUUGUAAGAUUUGUAACAAAAAUUAAUAUGAAUGGAGUAAAUAGUUCUAACGGAGUGGUGGAUCCAAGAGCCAUAUCAGUCCUAGCAAAAUGGCAGAAUUCUUAUAGUAUCAAAGUUGUUCUGCAAGAGCUCCGGCGUCUAAUGAUGUCUAAAGAAAAUAUGAAACUCCCUCAACCACCUGAAGGACAAUGUUACAGUAAUUAAUGAAAAAAAACAACAACAACAGAAAAAUCAUGCCCCUUCAUCAAUUUAAGCUCUCUCCAUUUUCCACAGUAGUAAAUUUUCUAGAUGCAUCUUGUAGACCUCCAAAGUACUGGAAAGGAAGUUCCCUUGCAAAGGAAAGUCUAUCUUGAGAUACUGUAAAUGAUACUAAUUUUUUUUUCCCAUUUGAAAAUAAGUUGUGCUAUAACAAAUAAUGCUGUCAUGUGUAACCACUGUCCAUAGUUGAACUUCUGGUAUCAAGAAAAAGUCUAUUUAAAUUUAUUACUGUCAAGACCAGUGUGGCACAUUGAACUCGACUGUGAAAAAAGCAUAAAAAGCAAACGUCACACAAUCACAUUGCUGUGUGUUUGGCCUGGGUUUAUCUCUCUCCACCCCCUUUCUCUUUCCCUUUCCGUCUGACUUGUCUGUCCGCAAUAGGGUUGACGCUCAGGGCUAUUUAUUAGGGUAGACACGAAGGGCACAAUCCGCGGGGAAGUUCUCCUAGACCUUUGAGAAGAAGCGAGGCUGCGCAAGAGUGUCGUCCCAGGCCGUUGCUCAGGUCUCAUUCAUUCCAGUAAGGCUUGCUGAGGACCAUGUCUCAAAAGGACUGUGCCCAAAGGUUUUAAUCCCCAGUCCUAGGCUGGGGUUAUCUGGACUACUAAUGGGAUGCGUUGAUAUCCUCAGUCAUCCCUCCCUUUGUGCAGGCUCUAGUAAAAUGCUGAGUGUGUCUCGGGGUUCUUCUUUAUUUUCUGGGUUUUUUUUAAAGAAUACUAUAGUAUUUUUUUUUAUUUUGCAAGGGGCUGUGAGAGGAGGCUCUUUCUCCCCAUAACCUUUGGCUAAGGCAUAGAUUGUACUUCUGCACCAUCACCUUCCCCCAUAAUGUGGGCCUUGGGGCAAUAGAUCCGGGGCGGAGGGGUGUCUUUCAGUCUUUUCCCCUUUUCUCAUAGUUGGGGUGCUGCUUUCCAUUUGCCCCUUCUGUGAUGCUGUCUUUUACACCUGGCCAAAAAAAGAGGUAAGUGGCUGGCAAACUGCCUGAUUUUAUUAUUAUAAUUAUUAUUAUUUUUGCCUCGUGCUUUCGACUUCUUCUGGGCUAUCGGUUUUAGUCUUCGCCAGCUGGGAAAACAAGAGUGUCUGGUUUUGUUUUGUUUUUUGCCCGCAAGUAUCCCCUUCCCUUCCUGCCCUGUGGCGCUGCUUCCACACCGCCAAGCUGGCCAUGGCUGAUGCUAUUAGAUAGGCUUUUGGUAUGGUGAAAAGAGCAGUAAUUUACCAGGAUUGCUGAAGCCUGUUCAGAAUGGCCAGAUAGCGUGGAAUGAUCUUUUAUGUAGGAAAUUCGAAACAAAACACUCCAGCUCCCUGAGCUGAAGGUCACUACCUCUGCUUGAGCGACACAUCUUAGGGACAGGUCUGCUCUGUGCAGGGCAGAUUUGGUCCUGGCACGCUGCAGAGAGGAGGACUCCUUCCUAAAUAAAAAAUACGGGAUGGCAAUGCCAUGCAGAGUGGGUUAGGGAGACUGUGAUCGACAAGGCUUCCUGGCAAAUCACUUCCUUUUCGGACUUCUUGUUUUGGACCACUGACUGCUGAAACAUGGAUGCAAGCUUAAAUGCAAACAAUCUAGUGUGUCCUCUCUUUUUGAGUUUUACAGAAUAAAAAUGCCGUGUUUGUGUAAAAAGAAAAAAGAAAGAAAACGACAAAAAGUCACGUUCAAAAGCAGAAGCUUAUCAAGUCAACGAAUAAUUGAUGUUUCCAUUAACUCUUUUUGAGGAAAAUAUUAGUUGUAAGGAUUUAAUAUCCUCUGUAAUUAAAAAUUUAACAUAACAGUAUUCCAUAAGCAGCCUUUUUAUUGUAUCAGACCAUUGCCUGAUUUUAAUAUAAUAAAAAGUGUGCAUUAAUAUUA